CGAUGUUAACGAUAAAAAUUUUGUCAUAAAUCUCAAUGAAAAUGAUAGCAACAACAACUACAACAACCACAACAACAACAAAAAUAACAAUAAUAAUAAUAACAGUAAUAAUAAAAAAACCAAGAUGUCGUUUAGCUGGCAAUGGGAUGUGGAAAAGUUUUGCGAUAAAGAAUGGCGAACGUAUGGAGUAACGCUGGAAAAAUCAAAAAAGGGACAAACGUUAAUUUUUCAUAGCUCUUCUUCCACACAUCAAAAUUGUCCCCAAAAGAGCUUUUCAAAAUUGAAUUAUAAAGAAGCAAGAAAAAUUUCUUUUUUUACAAUUGACCAAAAUAUUAGCCUCGCGGUAACCUUAUUCAUUGAUGGUAAGAGAUGGGAUGAGACGCCUGUUGAUAAGCAUCUAUUUGGUGAAGACGACGACGACGAAGAUGAUGACAAUGGUGGCAGUUACAAUGAGGUAAAUAACCGUAUGAAAAUCACUAACUAUAACAAUAACAACAACUUUAACAACAACAAUAACAAUAAUAAUAAUAACAACAAUAAUAAUAAUAAUGAUAAUAACAGUUUCGAUGAUAAUAAUAAUGACGACGAUGAUGAUGAUGGGGGUGGUGGUGGUGGAAGUCAUGGUAAUGAUGGUUACGUCUGGCAGAAGAUUUACGUGGGGGGUUUCAGGAAAGAAGAGAUGGUUAAAAAGAUUGUCUACCUACGUUCGGAUUUGCCAGGCAUGAAGUGGGGCAGAAAGAUUCUGGUGAAAACUGUUAUUGAGUGA